AUAAGAGGAAUCCCUAUCGGACCCCUCGAGUGGGCCCAGAGUGGGCCUGUGCUGUGCCAGCCUAGAGUGCCAGCCAGCCCGUGUCCUCCAUUGGAAGUCCACAAUCAAUGGCUUGGUUGAUUGGUUCAAAGCGCGGUUCAAGGAAUCACACAGGGAAAAAUCAUCCGAAUAAAAGAGCUCACCACCGCACUUUAUCAGUACUAGUAGGUGAUUCACUGUAUGUAUGGGGUGGUUAUGAGGAUGGUUCACUCAGUGUACAUGAUAGUGAAGGGAAGAGAAGGAUCACUAGUAAUAUACAGCACUUUACUCCUUCAACUGGUCAAUGGAUCACUAGAGCUACUACUGGUACUCCUCCAUUAGGAGUGAGAUGGUACUCCUGUACUGCAAUAAAUGAUCAAUUGUAUUAUUUCGGGGGAUGGUGUGGCCAUGAUUUCUGCUAUCACAACAGUAUUGCACAACUGGAUACCGUUAGUCUUCAAUGGAGAGAAUUAGAACCAACUGAUGCAACUAGACGAGUUAUGAUGAGAGGUUAUGGUGGAAUGAUAUCAUUUGAACAUGAUGGAGUACACCAUUUACUAAUGAUAGGAGGAUUUGGAUCUAAACCAGCUGUACAACUACCUCAUUAUAAGUAUCGUAAGUUACUCAAUGGAAGAUGGCGUACUAAUGAGCACUCAAUGUAUAAUCUAUCAUCAAAAAAAUGGAAUAACCCUUCAAUCGCUGGUCAGUAUGUGAGCAGUCCUAACGUAUUAUUAAAGCCUUGCACUGGAGCUGCUGGUUAUGAAGCUAAAGUAGCAGAUUAUGGUACAGCUAAAUUGCAACAAGGCACUAGUACUGGUACUGUUAUGCCAGGCAAUCCAGCAUAUGCUGCACUAGAAGCUCCUAUUCCUGAUUAUCACAGUCCUGCAAUGGAUGUCUACAGUUACUCUGUUCUCCUUAUGGAAAUGACUUUGUGUUCUCCCCCAGAAAUGACGACAGGAGAGAGAGAAGUACAAUCUGGUAGUGUGUCCUGGUCUGAUAUGAAGUCUCUCAUACAAAGAGGACUUAAUGCUAAUCCUAGAGCUCGUCCUACUAUGGCUCAAGUAAUAGAGUCAUUGAAAAGGAUGAAGAUUUGA